AUGACUUCGCCGUCAAACCCACCCGGCAGUAGCGACACCCGUGCAAGAACCUUCAUGAAGAUAGCCACCGUGAACGUCCGAGGACUAUGCUCUCAACAGAGACUCGCGGAUUUUGAAGCCAAUGUCAAGAACGUGAGAUUUGCUGUAAUUGGACUGGCUGAAACUCGAAGACCGAACCGUGAGUGUACUCAACUUGGAUCUGGUUUUGUGCUCUACAACAGUGGACGUUGUGAUGGUGCUCCCACGUAUGCUGGUGUAGGGUUAUACAUGUCGUUACGUAUGAACAAAAAGCUUGUUGGUGUACGGUUCAUUAGUGAUCGCGUAAUACAAGCCGAAUUUCUUAUAAAACGAAGACGCCUUAGCAUUAUUCAAGUACACGCCCCGACCUCUGCAGCAACAGAUGACGAGUUCGAGCGAUUCCUGGACGAAAUAGAAGCUGCAAGGAUAACUACGAAAACUAAAGCGAUACCGGAAAUCAUUUGUGGCGACUUUAAUGCAGUCAUUGGACGUUCAAGAAACAAAGAAACUGCUUGCGGGCCGUUUGGAACUGGUAAUCGGAAUGACCGAGGUAUUUCGCUGCUCUCGUUCUGCGACUCCAAUAAUCUUGUAAUCGCUAAUACAUUUUUCAAGAAAAGGUUUGGAAGGAAAUGGACCUGGAGGAGUCCAAACGGUAGCACUCGCAGCGAAAUAGAUCAUGUUCUGUGCAAGAAUUUGAAGUACGUUCGUGACGUGUCGACCCUUUCCGGAUGCAAUGUUGGGAGUGAUCACCGGAUAGUGCGAAUAACUUUGUCUAUGUGCAUGAAACCUGCUCAUUUCCAGCAGAAGUCAAGACCUCUACCUCCGGUCUUUGACAAGCUCAAGCUUCAAGCAGCAAUGGCAACACAGACACGUCCAGCAAAUGGCUUCGAAGUCCAAAGUUUCGUGAAGGCUGCGUGUAAUUGCAUAGCUGUAUCACAAAUACGGCAGGAAAGAGCGGAGCGAAUUUCUGCUAGAACACUGGCACUAAUGGAAGAAAGAAGAAAGCAGAAGUUCGGACUCACAAGUGGAUCAAUAUCUGUUGUGCUAUAUACGUUACUGUGCAAACAAGUUAGAUGGUCACUAACGGAUGAUCUCCGCAAGCACAACGACCGAGUCAUGAAAUGUGCGAUAGACAAAUUGAAGAUAAGGCAUGCAAGACAUGAGUUAGCGUAUGAACGUCGACAAAUAGCCCAACUGCGAUAUCCUGAUGGCACCCUAACAACGACUCCACAGGAAGCCAUGACUAUUGCAACUACGUUUUAUAACGACCUCUACAAAUCACGUGAUGGUCCCUUCGUCUUCUCAGCGAUCGGCUCUUUGAGACGUCCGAUAACAGCAGAGGAGCUUCGUAAUGCAUGUAGGAGAAUUCGUGGAAACACUGCACCGGGAGCUGACGGAAUCCCAUCUGGAGCGACGAAGCAUCNGAACAAUUUUUUCGAAUCCAACAGAAAUUAUAGGUAUAUAUUAUGA